CUUGACUACACCAUCUUCCUUCAAUAUUAGACAUUUGCCGUAAAGCCUCAUACUGUGUAUCUCCUUCUCCAUCCAAACAUGGCCCCCCCGAUAACGCGCGUCGUUCUCUUCAAAAUCGCCUCCCCCGCCGACCAAGCCAAGUUGUUUGAAUACUACCGCCCACUCGCCGCGACCGCGACGAAAGACGGAAAACCGUAUAUUCUGUCUGCACGGGCGGGUCCCACGUUUGAGGAUCAAAGGAGGCAGGGGUUCACGGUUGCGGCGGUCACGGAGUUCAAAAAUGAGGAGGACAUGAAGUACUACGACGAGGGAUGUGAAACCCAUGCGGAAUUGAAGAAAUUUGCGAAGAGUGUGCACGAGGGCGCGAUGAUGGUUUACUUUAGGGAUGUGCUGGCGCCCUGAAGGAUACUUUCAGUGUACCAGGCAAGACUUUGAAUAUAGCACAUUACUGACAGAAAAAUACAGGCUGGAGGUGCGUCUGCACGCUGCUCCAGAUCACCCG